GGCUUUAUGAAAUACGGCUCGCGACUUUGGUUCAUUACAUUUUCUACUCUUCAUCUACUGAAAUAAUGAUAUAACAACUACACACUCUUUUGAUUCCUACAACAUUGUCAAAAUUCGGACAUGAUUGCGAAUCAUCAAUAUGGAAUCUCCAACAAAAGGGCAGAAGAUACCUGCGGAUUCCAAUCUUGUCGACCUCGAAAUUAACGACGAUUACUCCGAGGAUUAUAGUGACACCGAGGAAGAUGAUUUUAUUGUCGACGAUGAGAACAACGAUAUAAUUUACGAACCUGGAUAUGAUCCCGAUCAAGAGCUUCAACAAAAGAGAGCGCGACUCGACUAUAAACUAAAAUCAACAUUCGAAUCAAUCUUCGAAAAAUAUGGGAAAGAUUUCGAUGGAGUUGGAGAUGAAAUCGACUUGCUUACUGGGGAAAUAUUGGUUGAUAAUGGGCAUUUGAAAGAGAUGCAAGAUGAACGAGAUGCUGGGGGUAAAAAGGCGGGAGGUGAUCUGUUAAGAGCCUUGACCGUUGAACCAGAGAGUGUCACAGAGACAUCGGGCGACGAAUAUAGCAAUGUGGAGGAAAGAGAUGAUAGGGAAGGGGAGGAUAACGCACGCGACAAAACAUUUGAUAAAGAUGGUGUGGCCGAGAUAAGUGAUGAGGAUAUGGAGGAGGACGACAUUAUUUUACGUGGCUACGAUGAGUCGAAUCAGGAUCCUUUUCUUGACAUGGCAUCUGCGACAGAGACAGAAUCCGUUCGGAAUAUUACCCCUAAAAACGAUUUAGAACGGCGUCAGAAUAUACAAUCUGAAGGACACAGCAUUUCUUUUCCUUCAUAUAAUGAAAUUCUACGUUCAUUUGGACCCGAAGUUGCCCCUCAAAUUGUAAGCAUUAUUUCACAAAAGCAAAGUCAUGAUGACACCAAUAUAGAACCAGCAUGGAGAGUACCUGAAAUUCCUUCACUAGAACCCAGAAAGCGGCCAGCAUUAAGAGAUUUUAUUCCAGAGCCAGAAACUGAGCGUAGUCCAUCUCCCGAUAUCUCUGAGUCGAUAUGGGCUUUACCAAAAGGACGAGGCGCAAAAAGAGUUCCAAGAGCUUCACAUAAACCAAAAGCGGUUUCCAUGCCAAAAUCUCUUGGUGAUACAACAUUACUUUCCGAUGGAUUGAGCACUUCAAGUUAUGCUGCCUCACCACGAGGACACAAUUUAUUCACAGAAGAAGAGGACAAGAUACUCAUCGCAAAGGUAGCUGAAGCACACGAUCAGGGUCUCGCAUUUGCAACAGACUCUAUUUGGGAAGGAUUAGCAAUUAUAAAUAACCGGCACUCGAAAGUUUCUUGGAAACAGAGGUACCGCAAAAAAUAUCUCCAUUUGUGGUCUGAGGAACGCUCAACUAGACCGGGUUCUCGUGGGUCAUACCAUAAAAAAGAUCAAGAAUCAGAAUCGAGCAUUACAUCUGCAUCACGUAGUUCGCAUCCGAUAUCUUUCUUCCAACGAUCUUCCAGAACUCGAAAGCCUGCACAGCAGGCACCGACUUUAGUUAGUUGGUCAGAUGCCGUUGCCACAAUCAAAUCCCUGGACCGUAGACUACACAAAGACUUGGCUAGAGACGCCAGUGUAUUUGACUUGACCGAUGUGAAACCGGUGGAUGUGGAUGAAGACGCCUUGAAUUUGAGGAGCUCUGAUUUGGAAUCUUCGGAAGAGAGUGAUGAUCAGCCGGAACUUCCUACACAUAUCGGCCCUAGAGUUCGGAGAAUUACGCCAGUCACUGUUAAUCCCGCCUACGAAUUCUCAGACGAAGAAACUGGGUUUGAUUUGAAGGAGCCGCUACAUUCAAACGGCUCAACAGCCAAGCUCAAGAAAACAGCAAGAAAAUUGAGUAGUAGUAAAUUAAAAGAUAAAACUGGUAGGAAAUCAAAAUCUACUCAAAGGAAAAGUAAAAAGAAGUUUGUGUCAGAGGACGUUGAUGAGUUGAGCCUUGGUCUUGAGGGAGAUGAUAUUUUACUUGUCUGCUCAUUGCCAGGCAAGGACAAACAAAAGCAGUCUCAGAUUACUAUCAAACGGAAGGAGAAACUAGUAGCAGUCUCAGAAAAAAAUGCUGUCACUUUCGUACCGCCGAAGAAAGGGUUGAGCGUCCUCAAAGAUCUUGAUGAAUUUGACGAACUCAGUGCCGAAUGGCCACAGUCCUCACCUAUCACUUCUUCCAAAAAGCCCACACUCGAAAUGAAAUCUGAGCCUGAGCCUGAGCCUGAGAUUGUCGAUGUUGAUGUUGCAGUUGCUUUAUCAAACAGAGUUGAUGAGACCGAUAUCGAUGUAUUUGAUAUCGAUCAACUUCCGGAAACGUCUCCAAAAACAGCCCUGGAUUCACGAAGAAAAUACAAGAGGAACAGGAAAUUCAGCAGUAGUGCUGUUAUUCCCUCAACUUCGCAACUUGAGUCGUCACCCAGUGUUGCAGUAGAUGAAAGGAUACAGUCGAGAAUACAACAGAGGAGAAAUUCUGUUGAUAACGGCCCUGUCCCGCGUACUUCGUCGCCUCAUCAGUCAUCUCCUACACCUCGCCCCAAACGAAAAUUUGUUGACCUGGAUGAGAAAGAAAAUACGCCACUCACGCCAUCACGUCACAUUAACCGGGAGAUCGAGACACCUACGUCCAACUCGGAAGAUUUAGCUCUACAGAAUAUGAUCAAUGGCAACCGAACGUCUACAGUAUCCCCACACAAGAGGAGAGGGGGUAUUAUCACACCCACUCACAGCGAAUCAAGGAAACCAAGAACGCCUCUCCUUGACUAUACCACACCUACCCGAAGAGAUCUUAUGAGAAAAAGGGGAUUGAGAGAUUCAUCCCACAGUCCAGGAAUGGUGAAAACGCCUGGAGGAACACUCAGAAAAUGUGGACAGGAUGGGUUCGCGUGUCAAAGGGCUUUUUGCUUUCGAUGUGGAUCGAGUGCUAAACGAAUGGGUGGAUAGACGAUGUAAUAGAUCAUAUAGUACACCCCGGAGAAAGUACCGGCAUGGAAGAUACUUGCUUAUAAUACCAGUAUUUGCUACAAUAUCAAUAGAAAGAAUACACCAAACGGCGUUUAAUAAAUAGAAAAAUAGAUGUGUCCCACA